UCAGGAGUUCGGAUUCAGAAGAUAAGAGAGAACCCAGGAAAGGAAACAAAAGGUAAGACAUGCCCUGUAAGUGCAAGUAUCUUUCUUUCUCUCCUUCUGAUUUUAUCUAAAAUACUUACUUCUUUCUAAAACAAGACAUUCUUCCAUAUACAGCAUUUUUUUUUGCAGUAGUUGUUAACUCCUUAUAAAUUCAUAGAUAUCUCUCUUAUCUUUCAAAAAUAUAAUUUUUUAUGUUAGACUCACAUCACAUCUCCCAUGGAAGAACAUGCUACAAGUUCAAAGCAGGAGAAGAAGGAAGAUCAAAGAGAAGGAGAUCAACAGCUUGCUUCACUUGAUGUGUAUCUUUCUAGUGAUGAUUUGGAUCGUGGGUCGAUUGUAGAACUCAAUUUAUUAGAUCGUUUCGAUGUGGAUCGAUCAGAACAGUUCAAGCGGACCACAGAAGUGGAGCCAAGGGUAUUUUCAUGUCAUUAUUGUAAGAGAAAAUUCGAUAGUUCCCAGGCGCUCGGCGGUCAUCAGAACGCUCACAAGCAUGAACGAACGCUCGAGAAACGGGGAAAACGCAUUGCGACUCACUACCCACAUCAAUUAUCAAACAUGAAGGCUUUUCCUCUACAUGGUUCUUUUAAUAGAUCGCUUGGCAUUCAAGUGCACUCAAUGAUUCAUAAACCAUAUAUUGGAUUUCCAUAUGGACAUUUUGGACGGUUUGGAUCGAACAUGGACCACCAGCCCGUGAUCGGUAGAUUGAAUGGUGGUAGUAUUAAAGAGUCAUUAAUCGGUGGGGCUGCUAGGUUUGAUAGUGGUUGCAAUCUUUCGAUUUUAGAUCCGAAGAUGAUGUCUCAAGAAGAGCCAAGCAGUGGCUACUGGUGGGCUGCUGGUAGCAAUGUGAAAGCUAACCACAUGGAGAAUAGCUUGGACACAUCUCUCAAACUAUAAGUCUAAUUUUUAUUUCUUUAUUUUAAGUUAGUGUAAAUAGUGUUUUAGUUUUUUUUAUUUUUUUUAUUUAAGAAUUUCUGUGUUUAUUUGAGAUAUUUUUAUGCUUUUAAAUUUGGAUUUUUUGUA